GAAAGUAAAAGGAAAUAAGUGUCCGUCCUUAAAGGGAAGGUCCACCAAUUUUGACUGAGUGUCUGAGGAAUCUAUUGCAUGUCUGUUCGUCCUGGAAGAGAUCAAUCCUCUGCUGCUCUUCCAGAGGUUUCCUCCAUGUCUCUCCACGUCUCUCUAACUUUCAUAUGUGAGUUUUUCCGAAUCAGAAUUAAGACUAUUCAAGGCUGCAUGAUCCAUUAUUGGAUAAAGUCUGUCAUAUAGGCUACGGAUAGUUAAGCCCCCAUAUGAAAAAAAAUGGAUUGACUUAAAAAGACUGAUCAAGUUCUGGAAACAUCUGGAGACAUUUUUACAAGUUAUGCUGUACUUACAGGUCUUAAUGAGGACAAAUGCAUAUCUGGAAAAAGUAGUAUAAAGCCUUUUGUGGCUCCAGAAGAAGCUGCAUGUGAUCUGAUAAAUGGCCUCGAGUGAUGUCACGCAGAGGCAGAGAUGCAUUGUGGGUAAUGUAGGCACCAGGUUUUGGAAAGAAAGAAGAAGUGCAUUGCCUACAUUACCCACAGUUCAAUUUAGCAACACAAAAGGAGUUACCCCCCCUAUUUUGCCCCACACAUUCAGUAGUCCUGCCCAAGACCAUGUGUAAAACUGGUGGAGUUACCCUUUAAAUCAGAAGUACCAAUAACAUUUGCUCCUUCCGUCCUACCUGAACUUUAUGUUUUGGCCGAUGACACUAGGCAAGUUCAUUUGCAUGGUGCAAUUCAGACACAAGGCGAUUCAAAGUGCUUUACAGGGGAAUAAAAUUACUUCAGUUGACAUUAAUAACAAGCAGGAAGACAUCGAGAAACAAAACAUUAAAAGAAAUUAAGGGAUAGGAAAGUAAGCUAAAAUAAAAGUCGCAGUGCAGUUCAGAGCCUCAAAUGCUUCAGUGAGAGUCUGUGGCCCUCAGUCUUGAUUUAAAAGAGAUGAGAGCUGGAGCGGACCUGCAGCUUUCUGGCAGAAUAACUGAACGCUGCUUCUCCAUCCACAUUUAGUUUUGGCUCUAGGGGCUGAAAGCAGAUCUGCACCUGAAGACCUCAGAGGCCUGGAUGGUUCAUAAAGAACGGACCAGUUGGAGCAGUAUGGAGCUGUGAGCCUGCACACCACCACCAUGCAUCCGAUGCCUCGUUAGACCUGAGCUGCUGUAGAUCUUCUUGUCUUUAAUUGUAGUUUAGCUGCAUAGUGAGUUUUAGUAGAGAAAAUGAGUCGACAUCUCGCUGCUGCGUUUUGUCUGGCUUUAGUUUUUCUUCCCAUGCUGUGCAGCUCCUGUCCUUCACAGUGCAGCUGCUUCUUCCACAAGUUGAGUGAUGGAUCAAAAGCAAGGAGUGUGCUUUGCAACGAUCCAGAGAUCACUGUGGUCCCUCCAAAUUUCCCAUCCGACACGUCGAAGCUUCGCAUCGAAAAGACUGCGAUCACACGGAUUUCGGUGGACAACUUCCACUACCUCAACAACCUGGAGUUUCUCUGGAUGUCUUUUAAUUCACUGAUCUCACUGAGCGUCGACAGCUUCCGGGGUCUUUACAACCUGGACGAGCUCCGGCUGGAUGGCAACACCCUCACCUCCUUCCCCUGGGAGUCUCUGACCGACAUGCCGAACCUGAGGCUCCUCGACCUGCACAACAACAAGAUCUCCGUCGUCCCUGCCGAGGCCACCGUGUACAUCAAGAAUCUCACCUAUCUGGACUUAUCCAGCAACAGUCUGACGACCGUUCCCGCUGACGUUCUCACAAUGUGGCUGAGCGUGAAGCCAUCCCAGGACGCCGAUUCCUCCAAACUAAUUCUCGGUCUUCAUGACAACCCGUGGCUGUGUGACUGCCGGCUCUACGAUCUGGUACAGUUUCAGAAGUCCCCAUCAUCCUCCGUGGCUCUCAUCGACACCAGGCUGAGGUGUUCUGAUCCGGAGAGCUUGUCAGGGGUUCUUUUCACCGAAUCAGAGCUGCAGAGGUGCCAGGGCCCUCGGGUGCACACUGCCGUGGCUCGUGUACGAAGCUCACUGGGCAACAACGUGCUGCUGCGCUGUGGCACGGUGGGAGUCCCCAUCCCAGAGCUCUCCUGGAGCCGUGCCGAUGGCAAAAAAAUCAACGGCACAGUCCAGGAAGAGAUUUCAAAGGAGGGCAUCAUUUGGUCUAUUCUGAGCGUGCCUGCAGUUUCCUAUCGAGAUUCUGGGAAAUACGUGUGCAAAGCGACCAACUUCGUCGGCACUGCAGACGCCAUCAUCUCUUUGGUGAUCACAGAUUCCUUUCGGUCAGAGGAAGCAGGUGGCGGCAGUUCUAAGAGAAACAGAGGGAAGAAACCUGGUGGCAUUGGUAGAGCAGCAUACCAGGAGAAGCUCAUCGCCAGAUAUGUUCCUCCGCCCCCAUCCACUGCCGCCCAGCCCAUCAUCGAACCUCUCAAUGGCAAAGGAGUGACUGGGAAGUAUGAGAUUGAGAGCUACAGCGUGUCUGACGACACUUCUCAAGGACGAGGGAAGGUGUCAGACCUUCAGAAGUCAGUGGAGGUGGAGCGAGAUGCUCUGAGUAACUUGGCAGCCAAUGCCUCGUCCUUACAGCAAGCUCCGGAGAAAAGGGUGGUGCGCUCAGUGAAGGUGAUCGGUGACACCGACCAUACUGUGUCUCUGAACUGGCGAGCCCCUACAGCCACAAACACCACAGAGUUCAGCAUCCUGUACGCUAUAUUUGGUGAGAGGGACAUGCGUCGGAUCAACGUAGGGGCCGGGAGGAACCGUAUCACUAUUGAUGGCCUCGUGCCAAAGACAAAGUACAUUGCUUGUGUUUGCGUCAAAGGCCUGAUCCCGAAAAAAGAGCAGUGUGUAAUCUUCUCAACUGAUGAGGCGGCCAGCGCUAGCGGCACGCAGAAGCUCAUUAAUGUGGUGGUGAUAACAGUAGCCUGCGUGAUUGCUGUCCCCCUGACACUGAUCGUGUGCUGCGGGGCGCUAAAGAAGCGCUGCCAAAAGAUGCUUGGGAGGGAAUCUAAGGAAAUACAGGACUCGUACGUUACGUUUGAAACCCUCGGCCCCGCGGCCAAAGCUAAAGGCAUGGAGGGCGAGUAUCUGACCAGGCUAAAUCCUGAUGAAUCCAACAGGCUGCUCUCGGCGAGGUCCAGUGUUGACUCAGAGGCCACGGCCAGGACUGAGGGGCCACCUAACGAGUAUUUCUGCUAGUACCAAAUGUUUGCCACAACCUUCAGAAGAUGCACUUUGUUUUCUAACGACAAACAACGGUGUUCAGAGACUGAAAAGACUCAACUGAUCCUCUUUUUGGGGGGGUCUUCAGAGGACACCAGCAGCUCUGUCAGCACUGGAUGUGUGAAAGUGUUUUACAGCCUUGUGGGAAUAAAAACCACCAUUUAUUUGGUGGACAGCAAAAAAGGGAAACGACGCACCGUGACACAAUUUAUUUUACAUGUCGUGUAAAUGUGUAAAAACUACUUUUUUUUUAAUUCAUCAUGCACUUUUGAAAGGACAUGUUUUGCAAAGGAAAAUGUCUUAAAACUUUGUCCUAAAGGUCUAAAACCCAAUCAAUUUAAUUUCUUCCACUAUGUAACGUCUGCAUUGUGUUAUAGUCUUUAUUCAAAGUAUUUAGACAAAAAAAGAACCAGCAGUUAUUAGUCUAUUUUCGAUGUCAGUAUGAUGUUAACGUGCCAGGUUUACUGUUGGGUCAAAAACCUAUGAUACAGUAGGCCUACAUUUUAUAAUGUGCAAAUA